AUGAAUUCAUCAACCAUUUUCGUUAUCGCGGUCACCAUUGCCUUGGCACUAGCCAACCCUGCCCGAGUUCGCAGAGAUGAUCGCACUGAGAGAUACUGCCAGAAACAUGCUGAGCACUUCAACAAGUUCUGUAGCAAUAAGGGUGCCCAAAUGGAUCGCAACACCUUUGCCAAGCUCGCCAAAUUCUGUCCAGCUUACGAAAAGCACUGCGCUGUUGGAAAGGCCGGAACUGUCGAGCUCCCAGAUAUUGGAACCCCGCUUGUGAUGCCACCAUCGCUUCCAAAGGGCAGCGAUUUUGCCCUUCUCGACUUGCCAAUUGGAGAGGAAGCUCGCUCCCGCCAAUCUUCGCAAUCACCACCAUCGGCUGCCCGUCUCACAGCCGCCAUCAUUGCCUCGUGCACUCCAGACUGCACCGCCGCUCACUGCACUGAUGAAUGCAAGUGCGCUCACACCCAUCCAAAGGUCCACGUCAUGUGCAACCCACCAUCAACUGCUGCUAUGGCUGAGACCUGCCAGAACUGGUACAACAAGUGCACCAUGUUCCAGCAAGUCCAGUACUAA